CCACCAUUGACUACAGUAUCAUAAUCGCUUUUUUAACAGCAGCAAUAAUACAUGGACGCCUCCAUCCACCUGCCAUGUCUUAUCAUCACGUGUUGCUUUCGGCUAGCAUCGGACCUGAAAGAUUGCUGAUAACUCGCGCAAUUCCGCCACAAAAUACGAUACUUUUUGUACAGACCCCUCGCUCGUUCAUUCGAGAAGACUUUCUUCAAGAAGUUUCACUCUCUUGCAACUCAAAAUCAAGAUGUCAACCAUUAGCAAACCAGCGGUCUUCCCAGCCAUGGCACAAUCGGCCACCGAGUUGAUUGGCAAUACCCCUCUUGUUCGUCUCAACAAGAUUCCACAAAGCCUUGGGAUUGAAGCCGAAAUUUAUGCCAAAGUUGAACUUUUCAAUGCAGGUGGAAGCGUCAAAGACCGCAUUGCCCUACGAAUGAUUGAAGAGGCUGAGAAAUCUGGGAGGAUAAAGCCAGGAGAUACACUUAUUGAGCCAACAAGUGGAAAUACCGGCAUCGGUUUGGCAUUAGUUGGUGCAAUCAAAGGAUAUAAGACAAUUAUAACUCUGCCGGAGAAGAUGUCGCCUGAGAAAGUUGCUGUACUCCGAGCACUUGGUGCAACGAUUAUUCGAACACCUACCCAAGCCGCUUUCGAUUCACCAGAAUCUCACAUUGGUGUUGCUAAGCGUCUACAAAAGGAGAUCCCAAAUUCGCAUAUUCUGGAUCAAUAUGCAAAUAAAGAUAAUCCAUUGGCUCACGAGUACGGAACUGCGGAGGAGAUCUGGAAGCAGACUGGAGGAAAGAUCAAGGCUAUUGUGGCAGGUGCUGGUACUGGAGGAACAAUUACUGGUCUAGCGAGAGGAUUGAAGAAGCACAAUCAAGAUGUCAAGGUCAUUGCGGCCGAUCCAUUUGGAUCUAUCCUCGCUUUGCCAGAAGCCCUCAACCAAGAGCAUGCCAAUGAGGCCUACAAAGUGGAAGGUAUUGGCUAUGAUUUUAUUCCUGACGUUCUGGACCGAGAGAUUGUGGAUGUGUGGUACAAGACGGACGACCGAGAAUCAUUCGCCUAUGCCAGACGUUUGAUUGCCGAAGAGGGAAUACUGGUUGGUGGCAGCAGCGGCAGUGCUAUUGCAGCGAUGGUGAAAGGCGUGAAGGAGCUUGGUCUUGGAAAGGGUGAUAUUGUGGUUGUGGUCUUACCAGACAGCAUCCGAAGUUAUUUGAGUAAAUUUGCCGACGACGACUGGUUGGCAGCAAACGAUUUACUUCCGCCUACUCCACCAACGACCUCUCCACCAUCUCCAAUUCUCACUGCAGCUUCGGCAAAGAAGGAUCCAUAUCACGGCGCCACUAUCCGUUCUCUUAGAUUGAAACCCGUCACCACCGUCCUUGCAGACACACCAUGCUCAGAAGCAAUUGAAACUAUGCGAGAGAAAGGUUUCGAUCAACUCCCAGUCCUCAAGCCAACUGGUGGAAAGCUCGUCGGUCUCGUCACUUUGGGUAAUCUUCUCAGCUGGAUCAGCCGUGGCCGAGCAACUGGCAAGACUCCUGUUUCAGAGGUCAUGUUCGACUUCUCUUCUAUCCCGGAAGUCGUCACCGACCCCAAAGACAUCAGUAAGCUUACGGAAGCACCAAAAAGCAAUGGUCUCGCAAAUGGCUCUGAAGGCAAGGUUCAGAAGACUCCUAAGAGAAAAUUUGUCCAGAUUACAUUGGACACUCCUCUCUCGGCACUCAGCAAGUUCUUUGAAUGGAACAGUGCUGCUAUUGUCACGGAGAAGGGAGGCAUUGAGAGCGAUGGUUUUUCGAAGCCAGUAGCUGUUGUCACGAAGGUUGAUUUGUUGUCAUGGAUGGUCAAGCAGACCAAGAUAUAGACAUUGGAUAGAUGAGAUGCAUUAUGAGUUCACGAAAAUUUGGGCGCGGAGUUCUGGUUGUGGGUAGAUUCAACAACUACGUUGGUUUGGCUUGGAGUUGGUGGGAUAAAGUAGAGUGUGCAAGCACGAGCAUAGCAAGUGACGCCUGGUUUUUAGAUCAUCCUAGACAGUACAGGAUCGGAAUUAGAGAUUUUAAUGCAAAUCCUUUGAACUCAG